GUGGAAACGGGGGCGCGGGACGAAGAGCAGGGUCGCACUUACCAAGAAUCCUUAUCCGGCCCUCCUCGGAAUCGUUAGACUCAGGUUAUGACUGACAGCUGCGUUUAUUUACCGCUCGCGUCGUCGAUCAGCUCGGAUCUCACUUGAUACCGCUGGAUACCUCGCUGCUGGGCGGUAACGGACGAGCCAGUACUAUGCGAGGCGUCGUGGUAGCGGCAGACAGCUCGCCGGGGAAUCGCGCAAAGAGAUGUCUACGUGUUCGUCUACUUAGCUAAUUAACGUAACUGUGAUCCCCGCGAUUAUUUAUUCAAGACCAGCUGCAUUUCGCGUACGUCGGAUGUCGACGGGGGACCGGGAUUGCUCGAGCUCGCCCGCGCACGGAACAGUCCCGCGACCAAGGAGCACGGAGUACGCCGCCCGAGGAUACGCUCGAAUGUCAUUUGUCCAACACCCGGUGUAGACGUCAGACCAUGAACGGGCCGACGAGGGAUCUGCCGUGGGGCCUGCAGUGCGCGCGAUGCGCGUGCAACAGCCGCUGCGAACACUAUCGCGUCAACUGGAUGGCCUGGCACCAGGGGGUCGUGCUGACGCUCACCUACCUGGCGUACACCUGCUACCAUCUCACCCGGAAGCCGAUAUCCGUGGUGAAGAACGUGCUGAGUCUCAACUGCAGCGGCCUGCCGGUGCCCGCGGACGUUCUGGUCAACGACAGUAACCGGGACACCUGGUGCGACUGGGCUCCGUUCGACACCAAGGAUGCGCCUGCGUUGCUCGGUAUGCUGGACUCGGCGUUCCUGUUCGCAUACGCGUUGGCUAUGUUUCUCAGUGGAUUCAUCGCGGAGAGAGUAAACCUGCGAUACUUCCUCUCCAUCGGUAUGCUCGCGUCAGGCAUAUCGUGCUAUCUAUUCGGAAUAGCUAAACCGUACAAUAUUCACAAUCUGUGGUACUUCGUUUUCGUGCAGGCGUUAGGUGGAAUCUUUCAGACUUCCGGAUGGCCAGGCGUAGUGACUGUCGUGGGCAAUUGGUUCGGAAAAGGCAAGCGCGGCUUGAUCUUCGGGGUGUGGAACUCCCACACGUCCCUGGGAAAUAUAUUGGGCAGCUUGAUCGCGGCGGCGUACGUCGAGUCCGAUUGGAGCCUGAGCUUCAUAGUCCCCGGAGUGAUAAUGGGACUGGUGGGGUUCAUUGUCUUCCUGUUCCUGAUACCGAAUCCCCUCGACGUGGGGUACAGCUCGCCCGCUUGCCACGGAUAUCGGAAAAUUGAUGUAACAAAUAGCUCGGACGACGACUCGACUGACGUAGGUUACGAAUCUCACGGUAUCACCGACCGUACUGAACCCGUCAUCUAUCGCUGCGUCUACCGUGAACAAGUUGCUGCCGACAAUACGGCGAGCGGACGAUCUGAAACCAGCCCGAUGCUGCCUGGACACCGGCGUGACCAUAGUACAUCUGGUAACAACGCGAUAGGCUUCAUAGGAGCCAUAAAGAUACCGGGUGUUAUCGAAUACUCCUUAUCGCUGUUUUUCGCGAAGCUCGUCAGCUAUACAUUCCUCUACUGGCUACCGUUAUACAUCGCGGCUUCAACUACAUACAGCGCGACUAUGAGCGCGGACCUGUCGACUUUUUUCGACGUGGGCGGUAUAGUGGGCGCCAUAGCAGCCGGAGUUCUCUCAGAUUACAGUGGCAUGAGCGCGUUGACAUGCGCCGCGAUGUUCGGUCUUGCAUUUCCUGCGUUAUUUAUAUACGAUUAUGUUGGAAACACCAGCCUAGGCGUCAAUAUAGUAUUGUUACUGAUAGGGGGGCUAUUGGUGAACGGCCCCUAUGCAUUGAUAACGACCGCUGUGUCGGCCGAACUUGGGACUCAUUCUAGUUUAGGGGAAAAUUCCAAGGCCUUGGCUACAGUGACUGCCAUUAUCGAUGGAACCGGUAGUAUCGGUGCGGCGGUUGGCCCGUUGCUGGCAGGCCUAGUGUCUCGAUGGGGCGGAUGGCACCAUGUAUUUUACAUGCUCAUGUGCGCGGAUCUGUUCGCCCUGCUGCUUCUGUCCAGAUUAGUUUAUAAAGACAUAAGAUCGUACAUACAAAGACGAAGAGUUAUUCAAAUUUAGAAUGCGAGGUAAAAUCUGCAAAUUUCUUGUCGCGCGUAUGCGAUUUUGACCUGUCUGGGAUCUUGUACAGUUUUGCUCGUAUCGCCUUAAGCGCGGGUGUUUUCCGAACGAUCGAUGCGUACGAGAGGUCAGACUUUAAUGGAAAUAAAAUAGCAUAUUUUGGACAGUA